AUGAUUGCGUGUAGCACAGCACCUGCACUUUUACGGCCAGUCCCCAAGGCUCUUUACUUCUUUGAUGUAUUACUACCACUCUCGAGAUGCUACUAA